GGUCUUACAAUUCCCAUUCCCAUUCCCAUUCCCUUUCUCGUUCAAACGGGGAUGUGGAAGUGGAAGUGAAUUCUUUGUUGAAUUGAAACUUUCCCAUACCUGGGUACUUUCCCUCAAUAUGACGUCACAAACAGGUUUAUUGCAUCUUCAUUCAUUCAUCAUGAGGCAUUGGAGGUCUUUGGAUUCAUUAUAUAAGGAUUGACUUCUACCUCCCAUAUCCUCUUUCUUUCUUCCAUCAUCAACAAACAUACAAACAAACAGAAAACAACUUCAAAUCAAAAUCAACCACAACUACUUUUUACUUUAAACCUUCAAACAAUACCACAUUCAAAAUGACUGGAGAAUCUACUGUACAAAAGGUCAAGGACGUCCUCCACAUCGGUUCAAAGGACAAGGACCAUACCACCACUAGCACAACACACAACACCACCGGUACCACUGGCACCCACGUUCCAGGUACAACACACAACACCACCGGUACCACUGGCACCCACGUUCCAGGUACAACACACAACACUACCGGUACCACUGGCACCCACGUUCCAGGUACAACACACAACACUACCGGUACCACCGGCACACACAUUCCAGGUACAACUCACACUGGACAUUCUGAGGGCUCCCACGGACCCCACAGUUCCGCUGCUGCCAAUGCCGCCGACCCAAGAGUCGACUCUGAUCUAGACGGAAACCGUCUUCCAAACAAGACCUCUGCUGGUUAUGGUACUCAUGAUGCAGCCUAUGGCACAACUGGUACACACACUAGUACUCACACCGGUGCUCAUGUUCCAGGUACUACUGGUCAUCAAGCUUAUGGCCACACUGGAACAACCGGUACCACCGGUACUCACAUUCCAGGCACAACCCACACUGGACACUCUGAGGGCUCCCACGGACCCCACAGCUCAUCCCUUGCCAAUGCAGCUGAUCCAAGAAUCGAUUCAGAUCUAGAUGGAAAUCGUCUUCCUAACAAGACCUCUGCUGGUUACGGAACUCAUGACACUUACGGCAGUGGUGUUACUGGCUCAACCGGUACUCACCACCAAGGCACAACUGCUGGCAACACCGUUGGAGGAACCGGCUUCGGUGGAGGAAUCUCCCACAGCACCAAUGCUGGUCCUCACAACUCCAACCUUGCCAACUCAGCUGAUCCAAGAGUCGACAGCGAUUUGAGCAGCACUGGUAACCGCCACGGAGCUUCCACUGGACACUCCGCAUUCGGUGUUUCUGGUUCCCACGCCACUCCUGGCUCAGGAACUGCUCAAAACACUGCUGGCCCACACAACAGCGACAUGUUGAACAAGGCUGAUCCAAGAGUUGAUGCCGACCUUGAUGGUUCCAAGACCUUGGGAGGAAACAAGACCUACCAGUAAACCAGCAUGUACAAUAAUACCCUAGCUUAACGUGGCAUGAAUUUGCGAUACCCGAGGAUUGGGCAUACCCGCAAAACUGGGGGAGCUUCUUUUAUCUUCACACGAUUGUCUUUUUAAGCUUUGGAUUUUCUUUUAAUUGCAUAUGAUGGAUGGACGAGGGAUGGAUUAGGUGGCAUGGGAAACUUACAGUUUUACACAUGAUUUCAUGAGUUACGAAAUGAUAAUAAUCACUUCUUAAAUACUUUCUUCUUUUGUGGUGUGA